AAGAAGAGUUGAACACGUAAGCACAAGUGGGAGAGUGUGCAGGUAUGUAACGCCGCACAUAGCUUCGGAGUGAAAGGAAUGCAGUUAUUCUGAAGGGUUCACCAGCUCCAGAGCGGAGAAUAGUUUGCGUUUGCACGGUACUUAAGCCAGCGUUCGAGAUCGAGAUGUGUCCACCAGAAGUUCCCCCGCUCUCUCAAGUAUGGUCUUCUCCGCAAUCAUACACGUUCUUGCCUAUAUCGGGGUCAUCUCCACCACCCCCACGCCAUUGGAGCUUGGCCAAAACCCAGUCUUGCCACUCUCUCCCCUGAUCACCAUCGUAUAUGACUCGGAUCCUUUGGUUCCAAUCCCCCGGCUCGAACAUUGGGGCUACGUGACCUUCCAGUACGAGUUGGAUCAACUCCAUAUUGCCGACGUUACCAUAGGGCAGAGAGUCAACGUCAAAUUACUCGGAGGAAAUUGGACGAAUCCGGAUGGAUCGGUGCGUGCCAAAGUCCUUCCUGACAUCGGAGGAGAACAAGGGUACAUUGAUCCCGAUGGGGUAUUCCAUCUAAAUGUCCGACAAGUCAUAGAGUUUGUGAGUGAUAAAAGGUUCGGUUUCGUGAAACUGCAUGGCUUCGGAAAAGUUGGUGGUGCCGCCAACGUCAUCAUAAACGUCGAGACAGACUCUGCCGAUAGUCUCAAAUUCAAUAACCAGCCAUUGUGGGCCCCUGGAACUUUCUCCGCUACCUCCGUGUCAGCUCCUUUAUGGGCGUUGGGACCGCCUAGGGGCACACGCGUGAAUGAUGAUGAUGAUAUGUGACUGAGUGAUGACUAA